AUGUUGGAUGUUGAAGGACGUUGUGAAGAAAGGGCCUGGAUCGGUACUGCCUUGCAAGCUAUCCUCAGUGCCUGUGAGAGCUUGUGCUUCUGUCUGAUUGCUGGGAGAGGCAGACAAUUCUUGGCUGGUGUGUGUGCAGCAAGCUCAAGGUUGUAUAUGGAUAGGAGCUCUCUGCUUCAGCUCAUACAGGAGCAGCUUGACCCAGAGAACACUGGUUUCAUUGCUGUGGAGCACUUUUCCAAUCUGCUUCAGAGCCAUGAACUACAGCUGGACCCCACCAAACUCGAGAUGCUUUUUGCUCUUGUGCAGAGCAAUGAGCAGGGCCAGAUCUGCUACCACGAGCUCGUCAACCUGAUGAGCAGCAAGCGCUCGAGCAGCUUCCGGCGAGCGAUUUCCAAUGGGCACAGGAACCUACCGCGUGAAUUCCUGCUGGACGAGCCGGGACUAACCUUCUACAAACGUUUGGUGAGGCAUGUCGCGUACGAGAUCCUGCCCUGCGAGUUGGACAGGCGUUGGUACUAUAGCCAGUAUCGUGGCUGCCCACCACCUCUCUUCAUGACGGUCCUCACAAUCAUUCAGAUUGUUAUAUUCAUCUGCUAUGGAGCCAUGCUAAAUAAGUGGGUUUUACAGACCUAUCACCCAGACUACAUGAAGAGUCCUCUUGUGUAUCAUCCUGGACACAGGGCUCACGUCUGGAGGUUCUUCACAUAUAUGUUUAUGCAUGCUGGGUUGGAACAACUGGGGUUCAAUGCUUUCUUGCAGCUGAUGAUUGGAGUGCCCCUCGAGAUGGUCCAUGGGAUUAUGCGCAUUGGGCUGCUGUACUUGGCUGGUGUUGUCGCAGGCUCCCUGACUGUUUCUGUCACUGACAUGCGGGCACCUGUGGUUGGAGCCUCUGGCGGUGUCUACGCUCUCUGUUCUGCACACUUGGCCAAUGUUGUCAUGAAUUGGGCUGGAAUGAGGUGCCCCUAUAAACUACUUCGAAUGAUCUUGGCCCUUGUCUGCAUGAGCUCUGAGGUUGGUCGUGCUGUAUGGCUCCGUUUCUCCCCUCCACUUCCUUCUUCUGGUCCCCAGCCCAGCUUCAUGGCACAUCUGGCUGGUGCAGUGGUGGGAAUCAGUAUGGGACUCAUCAUCCUGCGCAGCUAUGAGGAGAAUCUCCACCAGCAGUGUGCCUGGUGGGUCAUGGUCUUCUCGUACGCCAUCUUUGUUGUGUUCGCAAUUUUCUGGAACAUUUUUGCAUAUGACCUCCUGGGUGUGCAGAUCCCACCCCCGCCGUAGGUAACCACACCUCGGCUUUGGAAUCUGUCCCAACAGAGAGGUUUAUUUGGCUGUGGAACCUCUUUGUGAAUGAAGAAACAUGAAGUGGACCUUCAACAAGCAACUGUUAAAACUGACCUUUUGACUACCGAUUUUUAUCAUCAUUGUGAUUGGCAGGAUUUGUAUCUCAAUGACUAGACAAUGAAUAAUCACCACACCAGUGGUAGACAUCACUUGCAAAUUUUUGGGAUUUUGAGAGUAUAGAUGGAAGAUUGAAUUUUAUUCUGGUGGAACCAGCUGUUGUGGAAGUCUAACACAAUAUGUGGAGCUUCUGUUUAACCUGCUAUGUGGAGGGUAUAUUCAAUCCCUGUAGGAAUGCAUCCUACUUCCCUAAACCAAGAGAAUUUAAGUGCAGGUUGGAACAUGCCAAGGCUUAAGAACCAGGUAUACUCAGGAAUACAGCCAGAGUGUUAGCAGCUCAACUCAUUUAGAGGUUACAAGCACCCAGCACUGGUAAGCUACCUGCUACUUGUCUAUCUUGGAUCAUCCUUAUCUGAUAAGAUGGUGAAAACAGGAAUAGGUUAGAAAGCCCAAAUUUAAAACACAUAUAAAACUCAUUUUACUAGCUCUGCAUUUUCUCAAGAACCUCACUGUAUUUUGUGUACAUUUCAUCAAAUGGGAUGUGAAGAUAUAUUGAAAAAAAUUUGUGACAAGAAUUAUAUUGUGAACAAUGACCUACACCAUACUUCCU